GCCUCACACUAGGGCCACCUCGGAGAGCCCAGCGUCCGAAAGGGUUUAGCGCAAGUCCUGAGAAUCCAAUCCUCCCCCCGACGACAAAGCUCUCCCUCCCGUCCACAAUCCUCUCUCCUCUCCCGUUCUCUCUCCCCAAUUACAUCUCUCCCUCAGAGAAUUCAUCCUCCCAUCCUCUGAACCCCCUUUCACAAUGUUCAGAAACGCUCUGCGGUCGUCCAGCCGCUCCGUUGCGGCUGUUUCGGCCACUGGCCGCAUCGCCUCGGUCCGCGCGGCUGCUGCCGGUCCUCUUAACGGCGUUCGCUCGUACGCUUCCGAGGCCAAGGCUAGCCCUACCGAGGUCUCCUCCAUCCUUGAGCAGCGCAUUCGUGGUGUCUCUGAGGAGGCUGGUCUCGCUGAGACCGGUCGUGUUCUGUCGGUCGGUGAUGGUAUCGCCCGUGUCCACGGCAUGACCAACGUCCAGGCUGAGGAGCUGGUCGAGUUCGCCUCCGGCGUUAAGGGUAUGUGCAUGAACCUCGAGGCCGGCCAGGUCGGUGUCGUGCUUUUCGGUUCCGAUCGUCUCGUCAAGGAGGGUGAGACCGUCAAGCGUACCGGCGAGAUUGUCGAGGUCCCCGUCGGCCCCGAGCUUCUCGGCCGUGUCGUCGAUGCUCUCGGUAACCCCAUUGAUGGCAAGGGUCCCCUUAACACCAAGGAGAAGCGCCGUGCCCAGCUCAAGGCUCCCGGUAUUCUGCCCCGUCAGUCCGUCAACCAGCCAGUCCAGACUGGUAUGAAGUGUGUCGACUCCAUGGUGCCCAUUGGCCGUGGUCAGCGUGAGUUGAUCAUUGGUGAUCGUCAGACCGGUAAGACCGCUGUCGCUCUCGACACCAUGCUCAACCAGAAGCGUUGGAACAACAACAAGAACGCCACCGAGGAGGAGAAGCUCUACUGUAUCUACGUCGCCGUCGGUCAGAAGCGUUCCACCGUCGCUCAGCUCGUCAAGACCCUUGAGGAGCAGGAUGCCAUGAAGUACUCUGUCAUCGUCGCUGCUACCGCCUCCGAGGCCGCUCCCCUGCAGUACAUUGCUCCCUUCACUGGCUGCGCCAUGGGUGAGUGGUUCCGUGACAACGCCCGCCACGCCGUCAUCAUCUACGAUGAUCUGUCCAAGCAGGCCGUUGCUUACCGUCAGAUGUCUCUGCUCCUCCGUCGUCCCCCCGGACGUGAGGCCUACCCCGGUGAUGUCUUCUACUUGCACUCUCGUCUCCUCGAGCGUGCCGCCAAGAUGAACAAGACCCACGGUGCUGGUUCCUUGACUGCCCUCCCCGUCAUUGAGACCCAGGGUGGUGAUGUGUCCGCUUACAUUCCCACCAACGUCAUUUCCAUCACUGACGGUCAGAUCUUCUUGGAGUCCGAGCUGUUCUACAAGGGUAUCCGUCCCGCCAUUAACGUCGGUCUGUCCGUGUCCCGUGUCGGUUCCGCCGCCCAGGUCAAGGCCAUGAAGCAGGUCGCCGGUUCCCUCAAGCUGUUCUUGGCUCAGUACCGUGAGGUCGCUGCCUUCGCCCAGUUCGGUUCCGAUCUUGAUGCCUCCACCAAGCAGACCCUUGCCCGUGGUGAGCGUCUGACCGAGCUCCUCAAGCAGAAGCAGUACUCCCCCAUGGCCGUUGCCGACAUGGUUCCCCUGAUCUUCGCUGGUGUUAACGGUCUCAUCGACACCAUCCCCGUCGACAAGAUCCUCACCUGGGAGUCCGACCUCCUUGCUCACCUCAAGAGCUCCCACCCCGAGAUCCAGGCCACCAUCGAGAAGGAGGGCCAGGUCUCCAAGGAGUCUGAGGCUACCCUCAAGAAGGUCAUCUCCACCUUCAACUCCACCUUCAACGCAUAAGUGAAGAAAUAACUCGGAUGAUCCUUCGUGGUCGGCUUUGUUUUCUUGACUCUAUGUGUAUAGACAAGAUAGCCUGUACAAUUUUGAGCCCAUUGUUUUUCUGUUCUUCUUGGUGCCGGUGCUUGGUAGGAUAUCCUAAGUCUGCCUCUGGA